ACCGCGGCGUAAUGAUUUCUUGAACAACGGUUUUUCUGUUUUAUUUUAGCUAGUUUAAAAUUAGAUACUAUUUUCAACUUUAUUUCCUUGGAUUUAUCUUCUUAUAUUUGGAAAUAUUUAUUUUUAAAAUUAAAAGUUGAUAUAUAUUAUUUUAAAAAAAUUGAAAACAAAACUAUAACGUCAGCGUUGUAUCGAUAAAUUUAACUUGUGAUAUCUUGUGAAAUUCAUGUACAUAGAUCAGUGCUAGAAUUUAUGGGACAAACAUCUUUUCUUAUUUUAUAGUUUAUGUUUGCACACUAUAUUAAGUUGAGUUUUUUUUAAAAAACAAAUUUCAAUUUUCACGACAAAAGCAAGUUUUAAUUUAUUUUUUAUAUAUAAUAUAUAUUGUUUGUUAAAAAUUCUCCUAGACCUCCUAAAAUCGUCUAGGCUCCAGCUAAACGGUCAAGGCACUAGGAAGAAGAUUAUCGCCCGCUUAACACUUGCCACUUUCUCGAACACUUGUUAUUAAUGGUUUAUAGAUAUUUCUUUUUGUAUUUAUGUUGUUUAUGGAAAAUAUAAAUAAGUAAAAAUAAAAUGUAGGUAAAAAAAGAAAUAUCUAUACCGUGGUGUCGCUCAAUCUCAGUCAGCUGUUUUGCAUUAUCAGUUAAUUAAUUAAACAGCACAUGAUUAUCACAAGCAAUCUGGUUGCUUGCUUAGUUAAUUAAAAUUAAGUCAUGUGGCUGGAAGAGAUUUCUUCAAAAGAAGGAUUUAGUGACCUGCUUAGUGGAUUAUUAUGAAUCAAGAUGCCAGCUGUCUUGUGAUCACCAUGCCUAGUGUAAACUAAAGGCACUCAGCUUGGAAUCAGAUAAUGGUUUUCCACUUUCUCCUGUCCCCUUGUCGUGAGAAACAAAUGAAAAAUCAGAGAGAAUAUUUUCAGAGAAGUUAAGAGAGAAAGAAGAUAGAAUCAGUGAGAAAAAUCAAGUGAGUUUUGGGUGUUGUUUUUUUCAACCAGUCUGUGUUGUUGUUGAUGUGUGGAAGAAGAAAGUCAGAUCGUGAGCUUAGCCUGAAAGGAGUGUUCAGUCAAGAUCAUCAAGCCUUCUAGUUGUUUUAAUGCCACUGAGACAGGCCAGACGUGGUGAAGCUUAUCUACCGAUACCUAUUUCAUCAUCUCGAGACUCUUCACCGCCAUCUACUCCGGAACCACUUCCGUUCCCUAGCUUUGAGGAUACACCUUCGGGCACUAGUUUUGAGUCUGAUCCAUUUGAGGAUUCACAUGAGGAUAUUCCACUUCAGAUGCCGAAGCCUAUGUCACCAGAUCCGUAGUACAUUGAUAUAAAGGUUGAUGUUGUUCAUGAUUAUGCUGCUCAUGCUGUCGAUCAUCAUGCUGCCCACGCUGCUGAUUAUCCUGCCGCUCAUGCUGCUGCCGCAGAAGAUGUUCCACACGUCCAUGCUGAAGCACCGCCAGCAGCACAACCUGAACCAGCGCCAACUGAUCCAGCGAUAGUGGCGAUUCUAGAACUGAUGGCGGAGAUGGUGAACUUACAACAUCAAGCUCUAAAUGCAAAGCAUGCACAGCCAGCUGCGGUACCUACCACUUCACAUCCAGACUUUUUGAAGAUCGUUAUGCUCAUGAAGAACUUGGGUACUGCACACUACCGAGGAGGGACUGAUCCGUUCGAGGCGAAUUCUUGGCUACACAACCUUGAGGGAAACUUUCGUGCAACUCGCUGUCCGGAUGAGUUCAAGAAAGAUGUGGCUGUGUACUACUGGGAGAAGGAUGCAAUGAGCUGGUGGCUCUGUGUAUAUCGCUACAUAGGUGAUGUGACGACAACUUGGCCAGAGUUCCGUCAAGCAUUUCAGCGGAAGUAUUUCCCACUAGAGGCUAGAGAUCGUCUUGAGGAUCAGUUCAUGGCGUUGGUACAAGGAGAUAAUUCUGUUAGGAGGUAUGAGUCGGAGUUCACUCGCCACAGGCAAUAUGUUCACUACGGUCAGGAAGACGAGCCUAUGAUCAUCAGGAAGUUCUUUCGGGGAUUUAGUCCAGACAUUAUGAGCCAUAUUGAAGCUGUUGAGUUUGGUAGAUUUUCUGACUUGGUGGAGCGAGCAAUGAAUGUAGAGGAAGCUAUCAUCACCGAGAGGGCAUCAUGGAGUCAUUCCGUAGAAAUAGGACGUCAAGCUACUCAGAGUCAGCGCCCGUCUCCUUCCAUGAUGAAUCGAGGACAUAGAGGCAGAGUAGUUCGUGGAGGACAUUCAGGAGGACACUGUCAAUGGUUGUGGUCUGAGGGGCCAUAUUGCUAGAGAUUGUCCGAAUGGAGGAAAUUACCGGCCGGCUGUACCACCCAGCGUUACUUGCUUCACAUGUAGAGAGUGAGAAAAUAUGCGACAUUGUGUCCACACACUCAUCCUACAUCUUCAGAUGCAUCUCGAGCCCCACAGGCUGGAUCAUCUCGUCCCCCAUUACCCUUUCCCAUACCUCCAGCUAGACCUGGGUGUUCGGGUCUUUGGGUCGGGUUCGGGCCGGUUCCUUUCGGGUUCGGGUUUUUCGGGUCCUAAAUAUUUAGACCCAAUGGGUACUUAGAAAUUUUUGGUUCAGGUUCGGGUCGGUUCUUCUCGGGUCCGGGUCGGUUCGGGUCUAUAAUUAAAAUACCCAUAAAAUAC